UUAUACCGCCCUCUAGCGCAAUUUAGUUCUUUAAUUCGCAACGCCGAACUACGCUACUUAACACUAUAAAAAGAUAUUUUAACGACGGCCUUAGAUUUGCCCCAUACGGAAUAAAGCGUUGUAAAUAAUGUCCAAAGACGAAAGCACAAGCCAGCAGACCACUGCUGCUCAAGACGACGACGAGCCGGAUGAAUGGGAUAAGAGGAUAUUUAGUACGGGAUGUGCAGAUGAGAAUGCAAAGUUGACCGACUGCUACUAUGAAAAGAAGGACUGGCGAGCUUGUAAAAAGGAGAUGGAGAUUUUCAAGGCUUGCUGGAAGAAACAUAAUAACGAUCAGAGGACAUCGAUGAAAGAUGUAUGACUGCUCAAGUCAAGUUUACUGAGCUACUGUCUAAAUCAAGAGGAAGCAAACACUAUUUGUAGGAAUACGAGGGAAAGGUUAGAUUAUUUGAGGCAUUAAUAUUAUACUAAUCCCGCUCCUAGAGUCAUAAAUCUGGUUGAUGUUGUAUAAGAAUUAUAAUGCUGGUUGCGCUGUUUUUACUAGGUCAUAGGCUAAAGGCGCUAUUAAGAUCAAUAAAUUA